CCUGAAUUGAGUAAAUAUGAAAAAGUAAUUUUUGAAAGUGAUGCAUAUAAUUAUUCUCAUCACUAUUAUUAUUCCCGGAUGAUCCGCUCUGAUCAGUCUCCUCCAAUUGUUAGCGGCACGUUUGAAAGACUGGUUGAUACUAAAGAUAUCGAUGCGAAGUUCCCGUUUACGUUUUACGGUUCUCAAGUCGUCAAAUUCAGAAUAUUAACUACAGGUAGAAUUGAAAUGUACGAUCAAGAGUACUCAGGAGUAGUUAGAAAUUAUGUGAGAAGCGGUUAUUAUGUGAAAACUGAUGUUUCGGAUGGGCGGGAAUUAUUAGCCGUCAGAAUGUCUUAUUAUCCAGUUGCUGGUGGUGAAAUUCCUGCAUUCAAUAUAACUACUCUGAUACAACCGAAUGGGAAGAUAUCAAUCUAUUAUGCGAACAUUCCUAAGGUAGCUAGCAGAAUCGAAAGGCCAUCGGGAAUUUAUAAAUGGUUACAUUGCGGAGAAACAGAUAAGAAAGUAACUGAAAUAUAUGUUCCUAAAAUAUGGAUCCGAAGUGGAACGUUAGUGGAGUAUGAAGCUCUCGGGGAUUGUCCGAAAUACAAUUUGACUGAAGAAUGUCGUGGCUCAACACCACCGAAAACAAGGUGUAUAUGGUGUGAAACAGCCAAUAUGUGCAUUACCAGAAGUGUUAAGGAUACUUAUAAAUUCAAAGUAAAUGGUUGCAAGAUUAAAGUAAGUGAUUGAUAGACUUCACACAUUGUUUUCAAUAUUACCAUAUUCUACAUUGUGAAUCUGUUUACUAGGAAGAACAUGUUUUUGCAAACGAGUAGUGUAUUGUAUACAUUCACGAUGUUUAAUCAGAUAUGAGUACGAUGCUAUGUUUCCAUGUAGACAUUCAACAACCAAUAGAAGCGUUGCUUAACACUUGUACUUGAAAAAAUGGUAUUUCUCCUGCUCAUAGAAUGUGUAGUUAUUCUCGAUGGGCAAUAUGAAACCGUAUGUAUGUGUGGAUUCUUACAAAAUGCCUAUGAGAUCAGUUUGAAUGAUGAAGCAUAAUCUGUCAUAAAUUCUGCAUCAUGUUUGGAAAGUGAAAGUUCGUGGACUCACAUUGUUGAAUGUGAGAACAAAUUUUCCUGAUAUCCUGUUGAGAAAUUUGUGUUUUGGAUGGAUUGCUUCAAUAAAGACGUCAGUUAUUGGUUUGUUAUUAAUUAUUUACAUUGUGAUAAGCUGAAACAUCUGGUGAACUAAUUUCAUCACACAAAAUAGUUGUCGGUUAGUUGUAGGAUAAUGUGUACUCAUCACACUGACCGUCAAAUGAGUAGCAGAUAUCCUAAAUCAUUAUUCAUUGAUCCAGCAACUACUGAAACUGAUCUAAUAAAUGAAUUGAAGAAGACUAGUGGAAGCACUGAAUCACAUUUGGUAAAUAUUUGAUAUUUUAUAAUCAUUAUACUAUUCCUUUCAUUUCAGAACAUCGAUACAGAUAAAACAACAUCUGAAGACACUGAGGAUGGAAUACCACUGGAAUUCUUUUACCCCAAUUACCAUAUCUUACGUCGUUCCGCAUUGUUUUUAUGGUCUUUGGUAUUCGGCUAUAAUGCUGCAUAAGGAAGCGAGCAUGUCAAUAUUUCUCACAGACAGCUUGUCACUUGUUUUCAUCAAGUUGACUUUCUUAUUUUUAUUUUUUAGUUUAGUAAACACACUUUCAAUUUUUUUAAUCAUUUCAAUAAAUUCAAGAUUGUUUCAUGGAACUGCAUAUCACAUUGAUGAUUGUUUACGUAAUGACUGAUGUCACUUUGUUGGUAGAAUAUAAAAAUAUAAUUUUUUGUAUUUA